AUGUCGCUGCACGACGAGGGCACGCCGAGCGUGAUCUAUCACGUCGUCCAAAAGUCGCUGUGGGACGCUGCGCUGGCCUCCGGCGUCAACUACUUUCCGCCACGCUACGACAUCGAGGGCUUCAUUCAUGCGACCCACGAAGCAAACCUGCUGCUCGGCGUGCUCAACUGGCGGCACCCGAAACACGGCUUCAUCUACAAACACAUAGAGGGCACGUUUCUGUGCCUCGCAAUCGACACCGCGGUGCUCACGUCGCCCGUCAAGAUGGUGGCGGCCGUUCCGACGGAGAGCAAUCCGAACCCGAUUGCGUUCCCGCACAUCUUUGGGCCCAUUCUUCCUCUGAGCUGCGUGACCAGACAGAUGGAGGUUGUGCGGGACCCGCAGGACGGCACGUUCCUGUCCAUCGAGGGUAUCUGCGAGUAG